ACAACGGUGCGUUCGUUUACCGUCACAUAUUUAUGGAUGAGUUUGAAAAGGAAUUUAAUGUAAAGCCAAUACAUUUUUCUAUAAUUGAUCCAGAUAUAGAAGAUUUACUUGCAAAACAUAAUAUUAGAUCCAAAUUAUUAAAUUAUACUAAAAAUAAUUUAGCUUCAAUAGCUCUUAUGGAUUCUGAUAACUGGAGUCCUAUUAUAGAAAAUAUUAAGAAUGAGGUCGAAAACGGAACAUAUGUUGAUGAUAGACGCGUAUAUGUUCGUUGGGUUAAUGACUUUGUAAGAUGGGGCAUGUUUGCUAAUCGUAAUUUCCAAGCAAAUGAACUUUUAGGUAUCUAUACUGGAUUUAUAACACGUACACUUCACGAUUUUGAGUAUGCCUGGGAGUUCAAUUAUAUUGUGGAUGUUGUUGAUGAUAAUGGCGAGAAAGUGAGGGUUUGCAUUGAUGGAAAACAUAUGGGAAAUUAUAUGCGAUUCGCUAAUCAUCAUGAUU